AUGUCAACCUUUUAUCUGCCUGAGGAAUUGGUGGUAAAUAUACUCUCACGCUUGCUCCCCAAAACCCUAAUUCGAUUCAGGUGUGUCUCCAAAACUUGGCUUGCUCUCAUAGGAACCCUAGAUUUUGUCUCUGAAAACAUCCUCAACCACUCCAUUCUGGCCACCAAAUCCCAAAACCCUAAUCCUCAACUCCUCCUUGUCAAAUCCACGAUCCAACCACGUUGUGAUAAGCAUACAUACUCUUUCCUCUCCUACGACACACUACUCGACUGUGGGUUUCGAAUCCCGCUUAAUCUCCCACUUCGUCCUGUCCUUCGACACCACUGGAAUCUUCCAUAUCCAACUCCAUAUCUCAAUUUGAACAUAGUCGCUUCCUGUGAUGGUCUCCUCUGUCUCUAUGACUAUACCAGACACAGCAACAUCUACCUUUGGAACCCCUUUAAUGCCGCCACCCCCACAGAACUCGAGGUUCUCCCUCCCAUGACCCGUGGUCAUUACAUGCUCAAUGACAAAUUCGUGGGAUUCGGGUUUGACUCAAGAUCCAAUGACUUCAAGAUCGUCAGGAUUUAUAGUGAUUGUGUUGCGGAGUGCAUGGCCGGACUCACACGUAAAUUAUACCCUGGCGAAGUGGGAAUUAGGAAGGGAGUGGGAGUGUAUAGCUUAAGCAGUGGUUCAUGGAGACAGGUCGAACAUGAUCCAAAAAUGAUCUCUGGUAUUCUUCCCUAUCGGCAUAUGACUGCAUACAUGAAUGGACUCUUUUUCUGGUUGACUGUAGAUGAAGUCGAUUACAACGAUAAUAGAAUUGUUGCCUUUGACUUUAGCACUGAGGUCUUCAACAUGACGCCGCUUCCUGAUAAAAGCGUUAUUGGCCUGUGGCGGAGUCUCCUGGUGUUGAACGGGUUUAUUGCUAUGGUGAUUUAUUCUAGUGUUUCGGAUAAUUCGGGUUUUGAUAUAUGGGUUUUGCUUGAAUUUGGUGUUAAGGAGUCGUGGACUAAGCUUAUUACAAUUGAUCCCUCGUUAGGUUUGAAAAGGCCAUUGCUGUUUUGGAAGAGUGGGCAGAUUUUAAUGGAAAAUACAAAAGGGCAGUUGGUAUUGUACGAUCCAUUUACACAAGCAAUCAAAAAUGUUCAACUUGACGGGCAUAAGGGAUCGGUACGAGUUGUUCCCUACACACUGAGUUUAGUCAAUGCUUGA